GAGGGCAGCGACCAAUAGGAGCGAGGCAGGCCGCGCCCCGUGACCAAUCCGGAGGAGUGGGCGGGGCCGGCGGCUGGAGCGGGGAUCGCGGGGCCCGUGAGCUGCAGCCGGUCCGGAGCCGUCGGGGUCGGUGCGCGCGGUGCAGCCUCAGGGUCUCUCCCCAAGGAUGUGGUCGCUCGUGCCAUUGUGGCUGGCGCUGUCUGGAGCAGUGACCUCCCUGCGGUGCCCCGAUGGGCGGCUGUGCCAGGGGCUUGACGUCUGCUGCCAGGAUCCCGGAGGGGAUGACUAUGCCUGCUGCCCACCGUCUCUGGGCUCCUCGCACUCCGUGCCUAUGACCCAGGCCAGCAGCGUGGCCAAGCCUGCCGGGACCGUGUGCCCCGAUGGUACCCGGUGCCCCGUGGAACACAGCUGCCUGCGCACGUUGGCCGGCUCCUUCAGCUGCUGCCCAUUGUCGGAGGCCGUCGCCUGCGCCGACAGGCAUCACUGCUGCCCCCGGGGGUCCCACUGCAGUGCCGACGGCAAAUCCUGCUUUGUUUUCCGAGGUCUCCCGGCCGCUGAUGCUGUCCAGUGCCCUGACGGCGAAUCAGAGUGUCCCAAUGAGUCCACCUGCUGCAUGAUGCCCACUGGCUCCUGGGGGUGCUGCCCCAUGCCACAGGCCGCGUGCUGCGUGGACAAGGUGCACUGCUGCCCCCAUGCCACCACCUGCGACCUGGAACAUGCCCGCUGCCUCUCAGCCGCCGGGGAGCAGCCCCUGGGCAGCAAGGUGCCGGCCCGUAAGCGAGCGCCGUGGCAGGGAGUGCCAGCCUCAUUUAUCAUGAUCACCUGCCCCGACCACCAGUCAGUGUGUCCGGAUGGCACCACCUGCUGCCAGCUGCCCACCAGCCAGUACGGCUGCUGUCCACUGCAGAAUGCCGUGUGUUGCCAGGACCACGUCCAUUGCUGUCCCAAGGGACACACCUGCGACCCGGCGGGGGGCAGCUGCCACCCGCCCGCCGCCCCCGUCCCCUGGCUGGAGAAAACCCCGGCACGGGUGCGAGCGCCCUCUGCUGGCCGAGACGUGCAGUGCGACGAGCAGACCAGCUGUCCUGAGGGCAACACCUGCUGCAGGCUGGCCUCCGGGAGCUGGGGCUGCUGCCCCCUGGAGGAGGCCGUGUGCUGCCCGGACCACGUCCAUUGCUGCCCCAAGGGACACACCUGCGACCCGGUGGGGGGCAGCUGCCACCCGCCCGCCACCCCCAUCCCCUGGCUGGAGAAAACCCCGGCGCGGAUGCGAGCGCCCUCUGCUGGCCGAGACGUGCAGUGCGACGAGCAGACCAGCUGUCCUGAGGGCAACACCUGCUGCAGGCUGGCCACCGGGAGCUGGGGCUGCUGCCCCUUGCCGGAGGCCGUGUGUUGCCAGGACCACGUCCAUUGCUGCCCCAAGGGACACACCUGCGACCCGGCGGGGGGCAGCUGCCACCCGCCCGCCGCCCCCAUCCCCUGGCUGGAGAAAACCCCGGCACGGGUGCGAGCGCCCUCUGCUGGCCGAGACGUGCAGUGCGACGAGCAGACCAGCUGUCCUGAGGGCAACACCUGCUGCAGGCUGGCCACCGGGAGCUGGGGCUGCUGCCCCCUGGAGGAGGCCGUGUGCUGCCAGGACCACGUCCAUUGCUGCCCCAAGGGACACACCUGCGACCCGGUGGGGGGCAGCUGCCACCCGCCCGCCACCCCCAUCCCCUGGCUGGAGAAAACCCCGGCGCGGGUGCGAGCGCCCUCUGCUGGCCGAGACGUGCAGUGCGACGAGCAGACCAGCUGUCCUGAGGGCAACACCUGCUGCAGGCUGGCCACCGGGAGCUGGGGCUGCUGCCCCCUGGAGGAGGCCGUGUGCUGCCAGGACCAUGUCCAUUGCUGCCCCAAGGGACACACCUGCGACCCGGCGGGGGGCAGCUGCCACCCGCCCGCCACCCCCAUUCCCUGGCUGGAGAAAACCCCGGCGCGGGUGCGAGCGCCCUCUGCUGGCCGAGACGUGCAGUGCGACGAGCAGACCAGCUGUCCUGAGGGCAACACCUGCUGCAGGCUGGCCACCGGGAGCUGGGGCUGCUGCCCCCUGGAGGAGGCCGUGUGUUGCCAGGACCACGUCCAUUGCUGCCCCAAGGGACACAUCUGCGACCCGGCGGGGGGCAGCUGCCACCCGCCCGCCGCCCCCGUCCCCUGGCUGGAGAAAACCCCGGCGCGGGUGCGAGCGCCCUCUGCUGGCCGAGACGUGCAGUGCGACGAGCAGACCAGCUGUCCUGAGGGCAACACCUGCUGCAGGCUGGCGACCGGGAGCUGGGGCUGCUGCCCCCUGGAGGAGGCCGUGUGUUGCCAGGACCACAUCCAUUGCUGCCCCAAGGGACACACCUGCGACCCGGCGGGGGGCAGCUGCCACCCGCCCGCCGCCCCCGUCCCCUGGCUGGAGAAAACCCCGGCACGGGUGCGAGCGCCCUCUGCUGGCCGAGAUGUGCAGUGCGACGAGCAGACCAGCUGUCCUGAGGGCAACACCUGCUGCAGGCUGGCCACCGGGAGCUGGGGCUGCUGCCCCUUGCCGGAGGCCGUGUGCUGCCAGGACCACAUCCAUUGCUGCCCCAAGGGACACACGUGCGACCCGGCGGGGGGCAGCUGCCAGCAGGCCCUGCUGUCUGUGCCCUGGGCACCCAAGGCUCCAGCACACGUUCCUGGCGCCACCCAGAGCCGAGGUGUGAAGUGCAACCAGACGGUCAGCUGCGAGGACGGGCAGACCUGUUGCAAGAGCGAGACGGGCACCUGGGCAUGCUGCCAUCUGCCGAAUGCUGUGUGCUGUGAGGAUCACCAGCACUGCUGCCCAGGGGGCUACACCUGCAACCUGGCCACGCAGAGCUGUGAGAAGCAGCAGGCUGGGCGGGUGCUGCCCGGGGACCUGAGCCUCGUCGCCCCCCUGCUGCCCGCCAGCCCGGAGCCCAGCAACCAGGUGACCUGCGACGCCCAGCACUACUGCCGCACCCGCCAGACCUGCUGCAAGGCUGCCUCGGGCACCUGGGCUUGCUGCCCCUACUUCAUGGGCUCCUGCUGCCCCGACCAACGCCACUGCUGUCCCUGGGGCUACCGAUGCUCCAGGUCGAGCCUCGACUGCAAGCGGCGCUGGCUCCCGCGCUGGGACGCCGGUGCCCCCCGGCUGCUGUGAAGUGCCUGUGGGGCACCCCCGGUCCCCCAGGCUGACGUAGCGCUGAGGGGUGGCUGUGCCCACACUGAGGGGGGAGUGGGGAUUGCUCUGGCCCCUCAGUCUGUCUGACUUCCAGCCUCAGGGGCCUUUUCUCUGGCUGCCCCAGGACACACAGGCCCCAUGCUCUGCAGGACCUGUGCUUAGCCCCAGGGGGCUGGGUGGGACAUGGGAGAGCGCCCCCACCAGCUCCCCCCGCCAUGGGAGUUUAACCCUGGACACAGCGGUCUGGGCACAUGCAGCUUCGUCCUCUGCUCCCAUUGCUGCUUUCCUGCUGGGAGCUUGGAAGGUUAAGACUCCCACCCCACUCCAGGCUCUUCUCCUUCUGUGGGGGCCUUGAGGCUGGGCCGGGCCAGGCCAGGCCCUCCUCCCCCACUGCUGGGAGCUAGGGGCUGCAGUAGGGCCUGGGAAGCUGGGUUGAAGAGCAAGGCGGCUGGGCUGCUUUGCUUUCUACACCCCUCUUGGCAUCUGUCUCCCCCCAUUUUUCCCUGGCACUCGGGCCCCUCCCUGGGUCCUGUUGUGCUGGCUGUGAAAGCCGGGGCUGGGAAGGCUGGAAGGUGGGCACUGCAGUCUGGCUCCUGGCACUCUCCUACCCCAGUCCCUGAAUGUGCGUUGCCCUGAGCUCGUGCCUGCACUGUGUCUGCUGGGCACCAGGGAUGGGUACACCCUUUUUCUAGCCCCCCUGUUCCAGGAGUCUCUGCUGCCUGCCCAGCCCCUGCCCCCCUCACAGCUGCCCUGAGAGCCCAGGGCCAGACUGGCACCAUGCCCUCUGGUCACCAGCUCCCUUGCCUCUAAGAGUGCCCCACCUGUGGCUGGGGCCUGUGCCAGGAACAGGGGCCCAGUGCCUGGUGCCAUUAGGGUUGAAGUGGCUGGUAGAGAGUGAGAACCAAUAAAGGGUGUGGAGGACGGUG